UUUUUGGUUGUGGGAGAUUUUUGGCGUUCGGGCAUACUUUAAAAAAGUUGAAAAUGGUAGAUAGUUUUCAUUUUGGGAGGAAUGGCGCCAACUUUUUUCUAAAAAUCAAUGUUACCGCCUCGCUUUCUUUUCUUUUAUAUAUGUGAAUGUUCUUAUCAAAAAAAAAAAUCGUCGUCAGUGAAUGAAACCAAACAUCAAACAAAAAAAAAAAGGGUGUUUAGAGUAAAGAUUGGAAUACCCAUCAACCAUCGUCUCUCCAAACUAUGGGAUCUGUCGCUCUUUUGGAUUCUAAUUCUUCUUCUUCUUCAGGAAUGAAGAAGAACAAGAAAGGAAAACAUAGAUCUGCUAUCCCUCCUACCAAGAAAGAGAUGGGAACUGGUAAAAAAGGCAAAAAGCGUAAUAGUGCUCCAGAAAAUGGUGAACCAGCUGAUUCUUUUAGAAGGCCAAAGCGAGCUGCUGCCUGUACAGAUUUUAAGGAGAAAUCUGUCCGCAUAUCUGAAAAAGAUUCUGUCGUUGAAACAAAGAAGGAUAUGGUAACAGAUGAUGAAAUUCUAGCUGUACGGUUGACUUAUGAAAAUGAUGAUGGUCGCCCUAACAGGAGGCUCAAUGAUUUUGUAUUGCAUAAUUCAGAAGGUCUUCCACAUCCACUUGAGAUGUUGGAAGUCAACGACAUGUUCAUAACUGGUUUGAUAUUGCCACUUGAAGAAAGUUCUGACAAGGAAAAGGAAAAGAGUGUUAGAUGUGAAGGAUUUGGACGAAUUGAAUCUUGGGACAUCUCUGGUUAUGAAGAUGGUUGUCCAGUGAUAUGGCUUUCAACUGAUGUAGCUGAUUACUGCUGCUGUAAGCCCGCAAGCAGCUAUAAGAAAUUUUAUGAGCAUUUCUUUGAAAAAGCUCGUGCUUGCAUAGAGGUUUAUAAAAAGCUUUCAAAGCCUCUUGGUGGGAAUCCUGACUUAAGUCUUGAUGAGUUGCUUGCUGGUGUUGUUCGGUCAAUGAGUGGAAGCAAGUGCUUCUCUGGUGGGGCAUUAGUUAAAGAUUUUGUCAUUUCCCAUGGAGAGUUUAUUUAUAACCAGCUGAUAGGUUUGGAUGAGACUUCAAAGAAGAAUGACCGGGUAUUUACUGGGUUGCCUGUUCUUUCUGCCCUUAGAGAUGAGAGUAGGAAGCGUGAAAAUAUAGGGCAAGAAAUAGCAGCAUUUUCUGGGGGGACUCUGACUAUUGGUAAAAGGUUUGGAGAGGAAGAGAGCAAACUUGAUCAGACAUGUUCGGCUACUUUUACAGCUGAGGAAGAUGAGGAUGCAAAGUUGGCAAGACUGUUGCAAGAGGAAGAAUACUGGAAAUCUAUGAAACAGAAGAAGAACCAAGGUUCAGCCUCCCUUUCAAACAAAUUCUACAUCAAAAUCAACGAAGAUGAGAUUGCUAAUGAUUAUCCUCUCCCAGCAUACUACAAGAAUUCUAAUGAAGAAACUGAUGAGCUUGUAGUUUUUGAAAGUGACAUUGAUGACUGUGAUCCCGAGGAACUCCCUCGAAGCAUGCUCCAUAACUGGUCAUUUUACAAUUCAGACUCGAGGUUGAUUUCCUUGGAGCUUCUUCCAAUGAAACCAUGUGCUGACAUUGAUGUUACCAUCUUUGGAUCUGGGGUUAUGACUGCUGAUGAUGGGAGUGGAUUCUGUCUUGAUACUGAUCCUAGUCAAUCUACCUUAGGUUCCUCAAGUGUGCCAAGUGCUGAUGGGAUUCCAAUUUUUUUGAGUGCGAUAAAGGAAUGGAUGAUUGAAUUUGGAUCAUCAAUGAUUUUCAUAUCUAUCAGGACAGACAUGGCCUGGUAUAGGCUCGGCAAACCAUCAAAGCAAUAUCUUCCUUGGUAUGAGCCAGUAGUCAAAACUGCAAGACUCGCAAUAAGCAUCAUUACAUUGUUGAAGGAGCAAAGCCGAGUCUCACGCCUCUCUUUCAAUGAUGUCAUCAGAAGAGCGUCUGAGUUCAAGAAGGAUAAUCGUGCUUUCAUAUCUUCAGAUCCAGCAGCUGUUGAGAGAUACAUUGUUGUGCAUGGACAGAUAAUUCUACAACUCUUUGCAGAGUUUCCUGAUGAAAAGAUUAAGAAGUGUGCAUUUGUUGUUGGCCUUACAAAUAAAAUGGAGGAGAGACACCAUACAAAAUGGUUAGUGAAGAAGAAGAAAGUAGUACAUAAGAGUGAACCAAAUCUUAAUCCUCGAGCAGCCAUGGUACCUGUAGCAUCUAAAAGAAAGGUUAUGCAGGCAACCACGACAAGGCUAAUAAACAGAAUUUGGGGGGAAUACUAUUCAAAUUACUUGCCAGAAGAUUCAAAGGACACUGGCUGCGAGGUGAAAGACGAAGAUGAAAAUGAAAAUGAGGAACAAGAGGAAAAUGAUGAUGAUGAUGCUGAAGAAGAUAAAUCAAUUUCAAAGGAGACACAGAAGUCUCCUUCAGUAUCAAGACGAUCUAGACAAUGUUCCUCCAAAGAGGAAAUAAGAUGGGAUGGAGAGCCUGUAAGCAAAACUAGCUCUGAUGAGCUUCUACAUAAACGAGCAAUUAUUCGUGGAGAAUUAAUUGUUGUUGGAACUGCUGUUUUUGUUGAAAUUGAUUCCGAUGAACUUCCUGCUAUCUAUUUUGUGGAAUACAUGUUUGAAACAUCAGACGGAAGCAAAAUGUUUCAUGGAAUAUUGAUGCAGAGAGGAUCUGAAACUGUACUGGGCAAUGCAGCUAAUGAGAGAGAGGUGUUUCUAACAAAUCAUUGCGGAGAUUUUGAAUUAGAGUACGUGAAACAGACUGUUGUUGUAGAUAUUCGGUUAAUGCCUUGGGGAUAUCAGCACUGGAAAGAUAAUGCCAACAUGGACAAACUCGAUAGAGCAAAAGCCGAGGAGCGGAAGACAAAAGGAUUGCCAAUGGAGUAUUAUUGUAAAAGCUUGUAUUGCCCUGAGAGGGGUGCUUUCUUUAGGCUUCCCUUUGAUAAUAUGGGUUUGGGUUCUGGUUUCUGCCACUCUUGCCAAGUUAAGGAUGCUGGAAGGGAGCAAGAAAUGUUUAAAGUGAAUUCAUUAAAGACAGGGUUUGUAUACAGGGGAACUGAGUACUCUCUCCAUGAUUAUGUCUAUGUAAGCCCCCAUCAAUUUGCACUAGAAAGAGCUGAGAAUGAAAACUUUAAAGGUGGGAGGAAUAUAGGCUUGAAGCCUUAUGUUGUGUGUCAAGUGCUGGAGAUUAUUGUCCCAAAAGAGCUGAAAGAGACUAGAAAGGAGUCCACACAGAUUAAAGUCAGGAGAUUUUUCAGACCAGAGGACAUCUCAACUGAAAAGGCUUAUAGUUCUGAUAUUCAAGAGGUCUAUUAUAGUGAAGAAACACAUAUUUUAUUUGUUGAGGCAAUAGAAGGGAAAUGUGAAGUCAGAAAAAAGAAUGACCUUCCAGCAUGCAAUGCUCCAGCAAUCUUUCAUCAUAUCUUCUUUUGUGAUCGCAUAUAUGAUCCUUCCAAAGGAUCCAUUAAGCAGUUACCUUCUCAAAUGAAACUAAGGUACUCAACCAGAAUUGUGGAUAAUGACAUUGCAUAUCAAAAGAAAAAAGGAAAGAGUAAACAGGAAGAAAAUGAGUUUGAAGUUGGGAAGCAAAAAGAAGCAGCUCAGGAGAAUCGCCUGGCUACUUUAGACAUAUUUGCAGGUUGUGGUGGCCUGUCAGAGGGGUUGCACCAAGCUGGUGUAUCAUUAACUAAAUGGGCAAUUGAAUAUGAAGAGCCUGCUGGAGAUGCAUUUAAACUCAAUCAUCCUGAGUCUUUGGUGUUUAUUAAAAACUGCAAUGUGAUUCUUAGGGCUAUUAUGGAGAAGUGUGGGGAUGCAGAUGAUUGUAUCUCCACUUCUGAGGCAGCUGAAAUAGCUGCUUCACUUAAUGAGAAAGAAAUUAAUAAUUUGCCAUUGCCGGGGCAAGUAGAUUUCAUCAAUGGAGGUCCUCCAUGCCAGGGUUUCUCUGGUAUGAAUAGGUUUAACCAAAGUACAUGGAGUAAAGUACAGUGUGAGAUGAUUUUAGCAUUUUUGUCAUUUGCUGAUUACUUCCGGCCAAGGUAUUUCCUUCUAGAGAAUGUGAGGAACUUUGUGUCUUUCAAUAAAGGACAAACAUUUAGGUUAACUCUGGCUUCACUACUUGAAAUGGGUUACCAGGUGAGGUUUGGUAUUUUGGAAGCUGGAGCCUAUGGAGUUUCCCAGUCAAGAAAACGAGCAUUUAUAUGGGCAGCCUCACCUGAAGAGACUCUUCCAGAAUGGCCGGAGCCAAUGCAUGUCUUUGCUGCUCCAGAGUUGAAAGUCACGUUAUCACAUAAUUUGCAAUAUGCAGCUGUAAGAAGUACUGCAAGUGGUGCCCCUUUUCGUGCAAUCACUGUGAGAGAUACAAUUGGUGAUCUGCCAGCUGUAGGAAAUGGGGCCUCAAAGACAAAUUUGGAGUAUCAAAGUGAACCCAUCUCAUGGUUUCAAAAGAAAAUUCGAGGGGAAAUGGCUCUUCUGACUGAUCAUAUAUCAAAGGAAAUGAAUGAGCUUAAUUUGAUUCGGUGUCAAAAGAUUCCAAAGCGACCAGGUGCCGAUUGGCAUGACCUUCUAGAUGAGAAGGUUAAACUCUCUACCGGACAAGUGGUAGAUUUAAUACCCUGGUGCCUGCCAAAUACGGCCAAAAGACACAAUCAGUGGAAAGGGCUGUUUGGAAGGUUAGAUUGGGAAGGGAACUUCCCAACUUCCAUUACAGACCCUCAACCAAUGGGCAAGGUUGGAAUGUGCUUUCAUCCUGAACAGGACAGGAUUCUCACAGUUCGGGAAUGUGCCCGGUCUCAAGGUUUCCCAGAUAGCUACCGGUUUGCUGGAAACAUUCAACACAAGCACCGGCAGAUAGGAAAUGCUGUUCCUCCUCCCUUGGCAUUUGCAUUGGGAAGGAAACUGAAGGAAGCAUUAGAGAGCAAAAAGUCCACCUAAUUCUAGUUGGAGUUUGGACUUUCCCGAUUGGCCAUUGUGACAAAAGACCAAUCACUUGUCCAUUUAUAAAAAUUGUUGCCAUUUGUAGGUAAUUGAUUUACUUUUAUGCAAAUAGUGUUUUUGCAAGUAAUACAUCUUUCGACUCAUAAUGUUGUCCUUUAUUGAUGUUAUGGAAUUUAAGAAAAACGUUUCAUUUUA